AUGGAGCUCAUCAUCCUCUUGAGUCUUGGUCUUUCUUGCUUGAUUCUUGUUUCCUUGUGGAAUCGAAGCUAUGUCAAAGGGAAGCUCCCACCUGGUCCCACGCCUCUUCCAAUUGUUGGAAAUAUUCUGCAGUUAAAAGAUAAAAUUUUUUUCAAAUCCUUAAGGGAGUUCUCCAAAGUCUAUGGCUCUGUGUUCACUCUGUAUUUGGGCAUGAAGCCCACUGUGGUGCUGUAUGGAUUCGAAGCAGUGAAGGAAGCCCUGAUUGAUCACGGGGAGGAAUUUUCUGGACGUGCGACUUUCCCAUUGAUUGAUAAAGUCGCAAAAGGAUUAGGAAUCAUUUCCAGCAAUGGAGAAACAUGGAAGCAAACUCGGCGUUUCUCCCUCAUGGUUUUGCGGGAUAUGGGGAUGGGGAAGAGAACUAUUGAAGAUCGAAUUCAAGAAGAAGCCUUGUAUCUGGUGGAAGCCUUAAAAAAAACCAAUGGGUCUCCCUGUGACCCUACCUUCUUUCUGUCCUGUGUUCCUUGCAAUGUGAUCUCCUCCAUCAUUUUCAAGAAUCGUUUUGAUUACAGUGAUCCAGAAUUCCAAACCUUGAUUGACGAUUUUCAUAAAAUUUUGACAAUCGUAAGCACUCCUUGGAUCCAGCUCCACAGUGCUUUCCCUGUUUUAGAUUAUCUCCCAGGAAGUCAUAAGAAGUUCUUGAAAAUAGCUGAGGAACAAAUGAAGUUUAUUUCGAAGAAAAUAAAAGAACAUAAACAAUCUCUGGAUCCCAAUAAUCCUCAGGACUUUAUUGACUAUUUCCUGAUUAAAAUGGAAAAGGAAAAACACAACCAACAGUCUGAAUUUACCAUGGACAACCUUGCCAUCACUGUAUGGGAUUUGUUUAUUGCUGGGACAGAGACAAUAACUUCCACCUUGCUAUUUAGCCUCUUGAUCUUAAUGAAGCAUCCAGAAGUCUCAGCUAAAGUGAAGGAAGAGAUUGACCAUGUGAUUGGCAGGCACCGGAGACCCUGCAUGAAGGACAGGAGCCAAAUGCCCUACACAGAUGCUGUGAUUCAUGAGAUCCAGAGAUACAUUGAUCUCGUACCCAUGAACCUGCCCCAUGCAGUGACCCGGGACAUUAAGUUCAGAGGCUACCUCAUUCCCAAGGGUACAACCAUACUGACAUCACUGACCUCUGUGCUAAAUGACCACAAGGAAUUCCCCAACCCAGACACAUUUGACCCAGGCCACUUUCUGGAUAAAAGUGGGAACUUCAAAAAAAGUGAUUACUUCAUGCCUUUCUCAUCAGGCAAACGGAUGUGUGCUGGAGAAGGUCUGGCCCGCAUGGAGCUGUUUUUAUUCCUCACUACCAUUUUACAGAACUUCAACCUGAAAGCUCUGGUGGAUCCACAGGACCUCAAUACCCGUCCAGUUGUGAAUGGGUUUGUCUCUGUGCCCCCUUCAUACCAGCUCUGCUUCCUUCCAGUGUAAAGAAGAGCUCUGCUGUCUGCCUUCAGCUGUGCAGUAACUAGCAGUUCCCU